GCCUGUCGAUCAGAAACAGAAAAUAUGCACGACUAGCGUAAACAAGAAAUACUGCCAACAUCAGGAGAUAGAAUCUCCACGAUCUCGAUUCCUGCCCGAUUCCUGGGAGAAAAAAGGGUAACCUAGUGAAUGGAAACCUUUCAAUUAGUUGGAUUUACUUUUUUAUAUUGUGGUAUUUUCCAAAAAAUAAGACUCGAUGCCUUUGAAUUGUUUACAAAAAUAUGAUGACGUCAGAAGGUCCUGGAUGGAAGCGAAUGGUGGUUCUGCUAGUUUUGGUGGUGGUGUAUUUGUGUGUGGGAGCCGCUAUCUUCAGUCAUAUCGAGGGCGAUCCAGAAAUAGAGAGACGCCUUCAGUUAGAAGCCUUCCUUAGAAACUUCAUAGGUAACCAUUCCUGUGUAAAACACGAUGACCUAAUCAACGUGCUAGGUCAAGUGGACCAAGAAUUUACGUUCGCUUUAAACACUCUACGUAACACGACGGUAUAUACACAGUGGGAUUUCAUUGGAGCUUUUUCCUUUGUUGUUACCGUGGUAACGACCAUAGGAUAUGGUAACUUGGCACCAAAAACGUACCCCGGUAAAGUGGCUCUGGUGGUUUACGCCCUCAUCGGAAUCCCCAUCACCCUCAUCAUGCUUAACUACCUGGGACAGCUCCUGACACGCCUCUCAACUAGGGUCAACAAGUGCAAACUAUGCUCGACAAAACCUUUGGUGAACAAACUGCUGAAUAUGGUUCUCAUUGUUACCUUGGGGCUCACCAUCUUGUUCAUCCUGCCGGCCUCUGUGUUCAGUUACGUCGAGGACUGGACUGUUUUGGAAGCACUGUAUUACUGCUUUGUGACUCUCAGUACUAUAGGAUUUGGGGACUAUAUAGCAGCUAUUUCAGAAAAUCGCAUUGGACACCGUGGUACGGGCGACCUGUAUAGGAUAGUGACGUAUAUCUGGAUCUUGUUCGGACUGGCUUACUUGUCCCUCUUAAUUAAUUAUAUCUCUAAUGUUUUCAUCAAAAAGGCCGAGGAAAUGGAGCGACUUACAAAAGAAAAGCUGGAGGCUGAAAUUUCUAGAUUACAACAAGAAUUAGCAAAAACUGGAAAAUCUGUGUGUAAGACAGCAGCAAACGUUAAAUCCAGCGUGAAAGGCAAAAUGUGGGAGGCGCCAUCUGGCAACAACAACGGCAUUGAUCAAGAAAGCGGAAGUGUAACUCUGCUCCGUAUAGCUCAGCUGGAGGAAACUUGAUUAUAUUUAUAGUGCAAUCCGUCCUUUGUAUUUGCGAGAGAGAGAGAGAGAGAGAGAAUUGAAAUGAAUCUGUACUUUCAAGUUAGUAUUAUAAGUGUAGAUAAAUAUGAAACAGUGAUCAAUAAA